AUGCCAUCUUACGGCGACUUGGAAGUAUUGGAUCAACUUGAUGAUGCUGACUUCCUUAACUCAAGUACCCGGAUUCGUCGCUUUAAAGGGUCUCGAAAAAAUGGGCAUAACUUUACUCAUAGUAAGGGUACUCGGAUUUCACAAUGGCCUCGCAUGAAAUUUGUUCGUGCCGUGGAUAUAUUUAAUCCUACUGAGGAAGUAAAUAGAAUGAUUGAAGAAGAAAAAAGAAAACGAGAUACUACUUCUGACUUUGCUGGAAGCGAACGUUUAAAUUCAGCUCAUCAAAAGGAACAACCUCGUUUUAAACAAUCUUCUGAGAUUCAUGAAGACAUUGUUUUAUUUAAGCCGAUUCGCAAUAACAAUAUUUCAGGUAGAGAAGACAACAUACGUGAGAAAAGGGAAUCUGUACAAAGUCAAAAAACUCUCCAUGAAAAAGAUGCCAUACCUGAGAAUAGGGAACCUGUACAUAUGAAAAAAAAUAUCUAUGAAAACAUUAAUAUUAAUGAGCCCGAAAUUGUAUCCGACAAGAAUGAAAAUGAGAUGUUGUCAAAGAAAUCAGAAGAACCUCCUACUUCUACUACUGCUUCGGACUCUCGUCGACCCUCCAAACCCAAAAGAUUACAGAAAGAGAACAUGAAUGAAGCGGACACUCAAACAUUAAAAUCAUCAAAUAGACCAUAUUGGCGAGAAAAACCGUACAUUGUCUCAGAUUCUUACGAUGACUUACCUGAUGACGAAAGCACUGAUUCAGAUAUUAAAUUCAACAUUAAUAAGUUUGCUAACUUGUCUAUGCUAUCUGAUAAUGAUGAAAAUGAAUCCAUGGAAGAAGAAGAGGUUGAGAGUAUAAAAGCAGAAUCUACAGAAGAUGAUUUAUUUUAUAGAGAGGAUUCGGAUCUGCUUGACAACCAGCGUCAGCACGAUUAUGAAUACAAUGAUGAAGAACUAGCAAAUAUCUUGGCAGAAACAGAAAACUUGGAAGAUGAAGAAGUAAAUGCUUUGCUCGCAAGCGUUUUUGAUGCCAGUGAUGAUUCAGAAAUCGAAGCCUAUCUUAGUGUUAAAGACACAGGGGCAAAUGAUUUUACAAUAUAUGACUAUGAUAGUGAUGAUGAACCGUACCAGAAAGCAGCUUCCGAAACGUUAUCAAAGUCUUUCCAAAAAGACCGCAAGAAAAAUCAGAAACCCAAAAAAAUGUCUAAGGAAGAAAGAAAGGCCCAGAGGAAGCUUGAAAGACAAGCUGGAAAGUCAAUAACAAAUCGACUUGCUAGUUCUUUUGAUGUUGAUGAGGAUAUAGCUCAAGAAUUAGAAAUGUACUCCGAUCUUCAAGAACAAUGGAUGAAAGAUCGCAAAAAGAAGGCAAAAAAGCGUAACGAGCGUGAAGAAAAACGUGCACAGGGCCUCUUGGGUAAAAAAUCUAGUAAAAAACUGGCUAAAAAAGCGGCUUCAGAAAAAAAUUCGGAUCCCGAUAGUCCUACAUUAUCCAAGGUGGAUCACGAUUUUAUUAUGUACGCAUACAAGCGCAUGCAAGAAUUAUCUCUUUCAGGAGUGGAUGAGAUAUCUCUUCCUGCAUGUCCGAAUCGUCUUAACCUUCGUUCACAAAGCUAUGGUUCGGGCAAAAAACGUUACACGGUUCUUUCAAAAACACCUCGAUUCAAUUCUUCAGGAUUGAAUAGCGCGUCCUUAACAAGGCUUCUGCAUCGUGUACAGUUAUCGGUCGGAAAACGAUCAGAAAUAUCUGGCAAGCCAGGUAAAAAGCCUGGGUUAAUAGUUGCUUCGAAGCGUACAGUUACUAGUGCUACGAAAGUGUUCGAAGGUCAGGUGGUUGGUGGAGAUGCUCCUGAAAUCACUCGUGCUAAUCCGGGUCGUCGUAUGUUGGAACGAUUAGGUUGGUUCGCCGGUAAAGGGUUAGGACAUCCAGAAAAUGAAGGGUCUCGUGAAAGCUUGCGUGCUAUCGUAAAAACUAGCCGCAGUGGUUUAGGCUAA